CUAGCAUCUUUCACUUUUCACUAGUUUCCCUCACUUGCUGCCAUCUUCUUCUGUUCGCUGUUCCCCUUCUUGCUUCUCCUCACCCCUCAUCUCAGUCACCAAACUUUUCUUCCAACAGACACCAAGCAAACAUGGUAGGAAGGUAUGAAGAAUCAUCAAUUUUCAGAGAGCAAAUGUAAUGUCUCCUCCCCAAGAUAUUGCUUAGGCUUACUUGAUGCCAACUUCUUCAAGGACAAGAAGAUUGAGGAGAUCACUAAGGGUGUAAGUGAGAUGAACAUUCCAAUUAUAAAAGCAAACAGGGAAACUGUAGCGUCUGAAAAUGGAGGACUGCAUCAUCCUUCUCCUUUAGUUUUCAAUGCUGAUUGGGAGCAUCGACUAGAUCAUGGUGCAACCAAAAGGUUCAGCUACCCUUCCAUCUCCGGGAUACAGAGACCUGAGUCUGAAGAAGAUAUUGCCUUUAUGAGUGUUCUUGAGUUAGGCGAACUCCUCCAAACAAAACAAAUUACCUCUCAGGAGCUUACACAGAUAUUCUUGAAGAGACUAAAAAAGUACAAUCCUAUUCUUGAAGCUGUAAUCACUUAUACUGAAGAAUUGGCGCACAAUCAAGCAAAAGAAGCUGAUAAGUUGCUUAGCCAAGGAGUCUAUCUGGGGCCUCUUCAUGGGAUUCCUUAUGGAUUGAAGGACAUAAUAUCCGUGCCCGGAUACAAAACAACCUGGGGGUCAAAAACAUUCAAAAAUCAAGUUAUUAACAUGGAAGCUUAGGUCUAUAAGAGGUUGAAGUCUGCGGGGGCAGUUCUUGUAGCAAAGCUUGUUUCUGGAUCAUUGGCAUAUGAUGAUAUCUGGUUUGGUGGCAGAACCAGGAACCCAUGGAAUAUUGAGGAAUUUUCUACAGGUUCAUCUGCUGGGCCUGCAGCAAGCACUUCAGCAGGUUUGGUUCCAUUCGCAAUCGGUUCAGAAACAGCUGGAUCCAUAACUUAUCCCGCAGCUCGAUGUGGAGUGACAGCAUUGCGCCCAACUUUUGGCACUGUUGGUCGAACCGGUGUGAUGAGCUUAUCAGAAAGCUUGGAUAAGCUUGGCCCUUUCUGUAGAUCUGCAACUGAUUGUGCUGUUGUUUUGGAUAUUGUUCGGGGAAGAGAUCCCAAUGAUCUCUCAUCAAGACAUAGCUCCCUUGAUGAUCCAUUCCAUGUUGACAUUACUAAGUUGACUGUUGGAUAUCUUGAUGAUGCUGAAAUGGAGGUUGUUAAUGUUCUUGCAUGAAAGGGUGUCAAGAUGGUCCCUUUCAAGCUGAAUUACACAGUUGAUUCUGCUCAAGGCAUCUUGAACUUCACAAUGGAUGUUGACAUGCUCGCUCACUUUGAUCAGUGGCAACGAUCAGGCGAGGAUAAUGUGUAUGAAGCACAAGAACAAUGGCCCACUGAACUGGGCCGCGCUCGCUUAAUACCAGCAGUGGACUAUGUGCAGGCGCAGAGAGCACGGGGUCGGCUAAUCAAAGAAAUAAGAGAGUCUUUCUCGGUAGAUGCAUUCAUCGGCAACGCGACUGACUGGGAGAAAGUUUGCAUAGGAAAUCUUGUUGGUUUACCAGUCAUGGUGGUGCCAACAGGAUUUACUAACAUCUCUGAUGCACCAUCUGGUGGCAGCAGAAGAAAAACCACUGUCACCACCGGCGUUUAUGCUCCACCUAACCGCGAUCACAUUGCUCUGGCGUUGGCAAUGGCUUACCAAGAAGUCACCAAUCACCAUAAACAGCGCCCUCCUAUCAAUGAUCUUGGUCCAAAUGAUAAGAUUCCUAAUCCAACUAAUGUUACUUAUCCUGCCAGGAUUUUUGGUCGCUGAGCAAUUAGUUUACACCAGCAUUGAGUUUGCCAACUACAGAUAGGGGCAUUAGUGCGUGCUUGGAUCGGUGUUUGUCAUAAUAGACUACUUUUUUGUAGCUUCUUCGCAUAAUUGAGUUUGAAAUUAAAAUUAAUUUUCUAAGUAUACUGUAGCAUGUUAGACACAAUGAAAAAUCAUAGUGAAAUUAAAAUCACAGUGGAGCACAAAAUUUAAGAGAA